UGUGACUCUGUUCGUAACUAAUACUGAAAUUUUGAUUGCAGAUUUUGGUGGAAAAUGAAAAUGCAGUAGGAAGAGUUGCUGCUAGCUCCUGUUAAUUUUGACAACCCUGCUAAUCCAAAGAUGGAGAAGCAACUGAUCCUGCAAGCACAGCAAUAGAUGCAGCAGCAGCAACAACAAAUUCAGUUCUUACUACUUAUAUCAGAACACAAGGUCAACAAAGCUACUACGAACCUCCACAUUCCGAAUCAUGCACCAUGUCAUUCACUAUUAUAUCAGGUACAUGUAGUAGUUACCUUUCCAGUUUUUACUAUGACAUUAGGAGUCCAGUGCUGACUCUACACAUCUUUAGACUUGGUUUGUUUAGGGUAUGACUUUUAACUUUAAGCUCAUGUCAUGUUUGUACAAAUAUGUUUGAAGUGCACAACUGUGGUUUUUUUUUUAUAUACAUUCACUAUUCACUUGGUGCCUGUCCCCAUGGUUGAUUGAUGACCUAUGUUUCCUCAUAUGAGCAUGUUUUUUAUGCAUUCAGUUAUUUUCCUAGUUUUAAAUCCAACAAACGGCAGCAAAACUGUUUUUGAGAAGAUACAACAAAUUCUUUUUAGUUUUCAUUUUUUGAUGAUGCCUUGCUUUCUUCUACAUUGUCUGUUUUUCAGAGUAGCGGUGAUAUGCACUUAGGUCAGUCAAUCUGGUUGUUCAAUAUAAGCGGAUGGCCGACGGACUGACCUCUUGGAUGCCACCAGUGUGGAUUGCAGCUUCCAGGCCACCCACAUGAAUGGUAGUCAGUCAGACACCAGACAAUGGAGAAGACAUUCCAACAGGUUAUGGGACUUCUUACCAGAUGGUAAAAUUUUAUCUUCUUCCACCAUAUGGGAGACAUCAAGAUCAAGUACCAAAUGGCCCAUCUAACGUACAAGAUUCAUUUGUCCUACAUGAAUGACAUAAACAAGAACAUGGGUAGUCUACAAAGUUAUAGCAGUCCCUCUUUUUUCAAAGUGAUGGCUGGAGAUUUCGCGAAAAAGCUUAAGAUACCAGUAAAUUUCAUUGAGAAAUUUAACGGGGUGAUACCCUAUGAUUCGAUGCUUCGAAGUCCAUUAGGAUGUUGGAAUGUCAAGGUUAGAGAAGAAGAAGAUGGCAGUUUAUCUUUCCGAAAAGGAUGGUCUGAUUUUGUUGAAUCACAUUAUUUACGCCAUGAGGAUUUUGUCACUGUGAAAUAUAUUGGUAAUUCACAGUUUUCUGUUAAGUUGUAUGGUAAAAAUGGAUGCGAAAAGGUAUUGCCUUCUUCUAUAGGCAGCAAUGGUGCAAAAUCAAUUCCUUCCAGGAAGCGGAAAGAAUUUGGAGAAACAUGCAAGGGAACAUUCAGUAAUUAUGGUUCCGAGUUUGAUCACUAUCAGUAUCAUGCAGGUGAUAUUGGAAGAGAUUCAUCACUUUGUUCAGACAAAAGGGACUGUGGAUUGUUUAGAUGCGAAGCACUGAAGAAAAAGGCAAUUUUCAGUAAGCGGAGGACAGGUGUCGAUCAAGCAGAGUGUUCGGGUAGAAGGAAGAAGCCGUAUUUUCUCGCUAUUUGGACAGAAAAUAAGAGAUAUCAGUUGGAGAUUCCCCAAAAGGUGGUAAGAAAAAUCGGAAGGACAUUGUCUGAUAUUAUCGCGCUGAAAAGGGCCGAUGGUAUACUUUGGAAUGUGGAACUGAAGAGAUCUGAAGGCAAGGUUUGGUUUGACAAAGGUUGGAAGGAAUUCGCAGAACAUAACUCUUUAAGGGAUGGUCAUGUUUUGGGUAUCAGUUACAAUGGGAAUUCAAGAUUCAGUGUGUGUAUUACCAAUGUUAUGGAUCAUUUGGACGAUUCAAGAAACCAAGGAGAGUCUAAUCCUAAGAAAAGAUGUCCUUUGAGCAAAAGGGUAGCAGAUGAUGAAGACGUGUUGUUGUUGGACUCACCAGCUCCAUCUCGAACUCAUGUUGAAAGUAAGACAAAUGAGGAAAGAAGGCAGUCACCAGCUCCAUCUCGAACUCAUGUUGAAAGUAAGACAAAUGAGGAAAGAAGGCAGUUGUCGUGUCCUCCUGGUAUCGAUAUCCCCAUGCACCUCAACAAAAAUGAGGGUACAAAGUAUUUGGUUUCGGAUGAAACCAAGUCAGCGUAUUUAGAAGGUGAAAGAACUCCAUCAGGUGAACGCCUACCUGUUGUUAAAGGAGAAGAAAGUGAAGACACGUCUGAUUCAGCUGACGCCUCAAAACUUUUCCUUAUAUCGUCACGGAGAGACAAAGGCAUUGAAAGAGUGGCUGAAGUAACCAGGUUAUUCGAGCGUCAGACUCAAUUUCCUUUCUUUGCAGUUUGUAUGCGAGAUACCUAUCUAACUUAUGGAUAUCUGCAUGUUCCUAAUUACUUCGCCAAGAAAUAUCUACCGAAGAACAUAAAGAAUAUCAUAGUUCGGAGUUCAGACAAUAAAGUGUGGACGAUUGGAUACAUUGCCAGUGGUAAAGCAACAAAACUAUCUACAGGUUGGACUUCUCUUAGACGGCAUUUAGGUCUGACAGAAGAUGAUGUUUGUGUCUUUGAGCUGCUCAAGGAAAAAGAUCCAGAAAUGAGAGUUUUUGUUUUCAGGGAGAUUGACAAUGUGCUCACCAGAAUAUGAUUUCGAAACUGGGUCCCUUCCGAUGAUCACAAAGGCACUGGUGGAAUGUUUACAAAGCCACUGGUGGAAUGUUUCUUAAAGAGUGGUUGCGGAUGUCAUAACAGAGAAGAUGCCAGCUGGAACUAGUUAUGCUGCAGCCCGUCGACUAUUUCCCUCAGAGGUUAAUGCACACAGGGCAUGUUAAUAUGUCCGCAAAUCACCGGCUUGAAACUACCAUUGAAGGCCACUUUCCAUGCUUGAUCAUGGUAAUUUUCUUUCAGUUUGUUUUUAGUGGGGUUGGAGGUUGUAAAUUCUGGGCUCUUCGAUUGGACUUACAAUUGUAGCAUAUCGUCUGUUUGUUUGAGUGAACGUUUGUCUGAGAGACAGCCUUGAAUCCAAAUACUGAAAACAAAACUCAGAAAGACUAAGAAAAUCUCUUCUUAGCAUGUGGAUCUUGGCCCUCUCCCCAAAGCUACCAUUCCAAGUGAUCCUGCAAAGUUCUCUUUGAUUCCUU